AUGGCGGAGCUGCAGCUGGACCCGGCGAUGGCCGGGCUGGGAGGGGGUGGAGGGAGUGGGCUGAGCGACGGGGCCGGCCCGGGCCGCGGACCUCCCAGUCCUCGCCCCCCUGGCCCCACGUCCCGCGGACACAGCCGCCCGCCUGCCGCCGCGCAGCCGCUCGAGCCGGGUCCCGGACCGCCCGAACGGGCAGGGGGCGCCGGCGCGGCCCGCUGGGUCCGGCUGAACGUGGGCGGCACCUACUUCGUGACCACCAGACAGACCCUAGGCCGGGAGCCCAAGUCUUUCCUCUGCCGUCUCUGCUGCCAGGAAGACCCGGAGCUGGACUCAGACAAGGACGAGACAGGGGCCUAUCUGAUUGACAGGGACCCCACCUACUUUGGUCCUAUCCUAAACUACCUCCGCCAUGGGAAACUCAUCAUUACGAAGGAGUUGGCAGAAGAAGGUGUGCUGGAAGAGGCAGAGUUCUACAACAUCGCAUCUCUCGUGCGGCUGGUUAAGGAAAGGAUACGGGACAACGAGAACCGAACUUCACAAGGCCCCGUGAAGCACGUGUACAGAGUCCUGCAGUGCCAAGAAGAGGAGCUGACGCAGAUGGUCUCCACUAUGUCCGACGGCUGGAAAUUCGAACAGCUAAUCAGCAUCGGGUCUUCCUAUAACUAUGGAAAUGAGGACCAGGCAGAAUUCCUCUGUGUUGUCUCCAGAGAACUGAAUAAUUCUACCAAUGGCAUCGUCAUAGAGCCGAGUGAAAAGGCAAAGAUUCUUCAGGAGAGAGGAUCUCGGAUGUAAACUCCAGAAUCCUAAGCAUCAAGAGAGCAGCCCACCAGAGCGCCGCUGUGAAGUUAAACCUUGCUCCUGUACAGUAACUGAGCUACUGCAAAGCAACGCUGAGCCUGGCCCCUCAUGGAGAAUGUUCCGGUCAAACCAGAGGAACCCCCACCCCACCCACAGGAACCUGAAAACAGAUGCGACUUCGGGCUGCGAACGCCUUUCGGAAACCUGCUUUGUGUUCUUAGCCAGUGUUCUAGCAUCUCUACAACCCGCGUCGGCCGGUCCAGCUGGGGCGCUCCUGGGGAGCCGGGGAGGGGGAGGAGGGCCUGCUCCUGGGCCGCGCCUGUGCUUCCAGGAAGCAGGAGCCAGUGAGGAUUGUCUGGCUGGCCGGUUUCCCAGGUGCCAGGGUGGGCGCUGCAGCCAGCCGCUCUGGAACCCGCCUUUCCCUUCCUGCUGCACCCCGUACUAAUACAGCAGAUGCGAAGGGUCCCAGCUCCACUUGCCCCCCUGAAUUGAGGUUUUUGAUAAAGGGUAGAGUUGCUAGAGUACCCUACAUUCCUAUGAACUAAGCCUCUUUGAGGAAAGGGAGGAUAGGGUGUCCUUGCUUGUGGUCGGAGGGUGGGGAUCGCUGCCCAGUGUUUGGGGCGUUCCGCUGCUGUUGCAGUCAGCUUUGCCCCAUUGUCUCCAGUAACCUGGACCCUCUGGGUGGCUCGCUUUCUUCCUGGAGGAGGUUUGAGGCAGGCGGCAUCUGCACUGGAUUAGAUGGCAGCUUUAGGUGGUAGGCACAACUGCUUCUGUUUUCUUACCCUCCAUUGGACCAGCUUCCUUUCUUAACUUUUUAAACUGGAUUAAAGGGACUUUGGACCCUA